AUGCUAGAGCCAGAAUUUAUCAUUUUUAAUGAGUACCCAAAAGGUACGUUAAAAUAUGCAUCAACUCUUGUUCGUUUAUGCGUUGAAAAGACAUGUCAAAUGGAUCAUAUUGUUUACAAGAGUAGUUCUAAGCAACAAACACUAGGCAGCCAAACAGUAAACAUCCUAAAAAUACAUACAAUAACUGUCGAUGUCGCGCAAAACUCCGUAAACCAGCAGUUUUAUGGAAGAGUAUUCCGCGUAAUUGCAGCGCUUAAGGACAAUAUAACUAAUUCUGAUGCAGUAAAACAAUGUCCACAAGAGGCACGUAGAUUAAUUGUAUCAAAUGUUGCUAACAAAAUCCUAAAAGAACACUUACCAGUUAAUGCCUAUCUUGAGAAACAAGAGGUUGAGGUAACUGUCAGAGUGAUGCAGUUAUUCCCGCAUUUUUCACCAUUGCUUAAUAUCACCAGUCUCUUUAUUAGUCAGAUUGAACAACGUAAGUGUAAUACUAUAGUGGUUUGUCCCUCGGUUCUGGCAGUAAUGCUAGUUGAAACAGAGCUUCUUUUAGUGAUCGUGGGUUUCAUGGUAGCUUUUAUGCUUGCUUUCGGUCUUGGUGCGAAUGAUGUAGCAAACUCGUUCGGCACCAGUGUUGGCUCCAAAGUGUUAACCCUCCAAUUGGCGUGUAUUUUGGCAACGAUUUGUGAAAUUUUCGGCUCUGUACUCCUUGGCGGACAUGUGUCGGCAACAGUUCGUGGUGGUAUUAUUGAUCUCACACGUUUUAACGGGACCGAAGAUGGUCCGAUGCGAUUGAUGCAAGGUCAGGUGUCUUCUCUUUGUGGCGCGUGCUUGUGGAUGCUGUUUGCAACUUUUCUCAAAAUUCCUGUUUCCGCCACUCACAGUAUCGUUGGUGCAACUGCAGGUUUUGGUCUUGUGCUUUUUGGUUUUCAAGGUGUGCAAUGGAUGGGGAUACUUAAAAUAGGUAGUAUUCUGCACUUUAAACCAAUUAUUGUGAUAUUUAUCCCACUUUAUUUUGGUCUUGUCUCGAGUUGUUUAUUCCUCAUUAUCAAAUAUGUCGUUUUGGUGAAGGUAAGUGAAGCUGAUUAUCGCUUGUAUGCAACUAUUGCUAAUAAACAAUCUGAAAUUUGUUUUAACAUCUUCCAGGAACAAUCCCUUGAGCCGGCUUUGAAUACGCUUCCAUUCCUCUACGGUGUAACUGUAAUAAUAAAUGUGUUCUCGGUUUUAUAUGGUGGUCUUCACCGUAAGUUUAUCUUGACAGCUAAUCCCACUAUUUCCCCUUAUUUAUGUGUGCAAAUUGGUUCUUUAGUUUUGAAUCUUCCUGAGAUCCCCUUAUGGCUGACUCUAGUUUGUUCUCCAACUGGUCAAGUCUACGAUAGACCGGAGGAGGCUCAGGUGUUCGCUUUUGCACAAAUCCUUACAGCGACGUUCGGCUCAUUCGUUCAUGGUGGAAAUGAUGUCAGCAAUGCUAUCGGACCGGUGAUUGGGCUUUGGAUUGUCUCUACGACUGGAAAUGUGUUGAUGACUGCCAAACCUGCCGUUUGGAUCCUCUUCUAUGGUGGUGUUGGUAUCUCCGUUGGCUUGUGGAUUUGGGGUCGAAAAGUUAUGGAAACUAUCGGUACCGAUCUGACUGUCAUUACGCCUUCUAGAGAAGCAUUAGAUAUGAAAUAUUAG